AACUUUGACCAAAUGUCAGAUUGUCGAACCUAUAAACAAAAUAUUCAUCCUAUUUUUGUUUGGAAAAAAUAUAUUUUAUUUGUGUAAGAACUUUAUCAAAUACUUUCAAAAUGGGCAAGCGGCAACACCAAAAAGACAAGAUGUACCUCACGUACACAGAGUGGUCAGAGCUGUAUGGCGGCAAGAAAGUUGAGUCUGCGGAAAAUGAGCACAUAAAAUUCAAACGACUUCCUUUUGACCACUGCUGCAUUACUAUGGUGCCCUUUGACACGCCCUACUCUGAUGUUGAUGGCAAUGUUUUCAGCUUGGAGGCGAUACACGCAUUUAUCAAGACAUUCAAAGUAAAUCCAAUUACUGGCAAAUCGCAAGACGCAAAAGUUUUAGUGAAACUAAACUUUCACAAAAAUGCUGAAGGAGAAUACCAUUGCCCGGCGCUUUUCAAGCCUUUCACGAAAAAUUCACACAUCGUUGCGUUGGCCACUACUGGAAAUGUGUACUCGUGGGAAGCUAUUGAUCAGCUGAAUAUUAAAACAAAGAAUUGGAAGGACUUAAUUGAUGAUUCGCCAUUUCAACGCAAAGACAUAAUUACAAUUCAGGAUCCACAUCACUUAGAAAAGUUUGACAUUUCACGAUUUUAUCACAUACGUAAAAAUCUACGUGUUCUCUCGGAGGAGGAGCAGUUGGAGCGCAAAGAUCCAACAAAACGUAUUAAAACUAUGAAUUUAGAAACUAAAGAAACAUUAGCACAGCUGGAGAAGUACUAUCAGGCACCAGAGGAAGCACCAAGUACAUCCAAACGUAUUGCGGAUAAGUUCAAUGCUGCACACUAUUCUACUGGAGCAGUUGCGGCAAGCUUCACUUCGACUGCCAUGGAACCCGUUUACAAUCACGAAGCGGCUAUAAUCGAAGACGAUCUAGUCAAGUAUGAACGUGUGAAAAAGAAAGGCUAUGUGCGACUACAAACAAACUGUGGACCACUAAAUUUUGAGCUAUAUUGCGAUGCAGUACCUCGAGCAUGUGAUAACUUUAUACGACAUUGCACUGAUGGCUAUUACAAUAAUACCAAAUUUCAUCGCUCAAUACGAAAUUUUAUGAUUCAAGGCGGCGACCCCACUGGAACUGGUACCGGUGGUACAUCAAUUUGGGGUAAGAAGUUUGAUGACGAAUUCAAACCAAAUCUGUCGCAUUCAGGUCGCGGUAUGCUCUCAAUGGCGAAUUCCGGUCCAAAUACGAAUGGAUCACAAUUUUUUAUAACGUAUCGCUCUUGCAAGCACUUAGAUGGUAAGCAUUCGGUUUUUGGAAAGCUAGUUGGUGGCAUGGACACGUUGACACAAAUGGAAAAAGUUGAAGUCGACAAUAAAGACCGACCCAUCGAAGACAUAAUCAUUGAAACGGCACAAGUUUUUGUAGACCCGUUCAAGGAAGCCUUAGAAGAAUUAGAAAAAGAGCGUGCCGAACAUGUGGCGCAAGAAGCGCAAGCGGCAGCAGAGAUCAAAAAACAAAAACGCCUGAAUGAACCGUUGAAGGUCUAUCGACAGGGAGUGGGCAAGUAUUUGAACCUAAAAGAAGCAAAAUUAUCGAAUACAUCUGUGAAUGGCAAGAGCAGCGAAGCGUCGAAAAAUAAACAUAAAUCAGUAGUUAAAGGAACUUUUGGUGAUUUUUCUAGCUGGUAGUCUUAGAAUCACAUUUGCCUACGUAAUAAAUAAUUAAAAUUCUUAAGAACAAUUAAAAUUUGCAAAAA